AUGGAUUUCCCGCCUCUCUCCGCUUCCCAAGCGGGAGGUUUCGAUGGCGACAUAUUAGGAAAGUCCCUCUUUGAAUCCUUCACCUUCAAAUGGCUCCGCUGGUGCCCCCCAACCGCGUCCCUUUACCCCCUUCCCUCGGGUAUCGAGCGCUUCUUCGUUGAUACACCGGGCGGCGAGAUCGAGAUGCUCUACGCCCGGUCGCAAUCCUCUCCUCCUCCUCCUCCUCCUCCUUCUUCUUCUUCUUCUCCCUCUUCAUCGCCGCCAUCACCCGGAGACGACACGAGCGAGGAUACCCCACGCCCGUUUCUCUACUUCGUCCACGGCGGCAUGGGCGGCGCCUGGGUGUGGCUCGAGUACAUGCAGUUCCUGGCCGCGCGCGGCGUCCCUUGCUACGCCGUGUCGAUGCGCGGCCACGGCGGCAGCUACCACCCGUCCUUCCUGCGCAUGGUGUACGCCACGACGAUGCGCAUGCUGGCCGACGACGUGCUGGCGGGCCUGCGCUGGGUGCAACGGAAGCGCGAAGGCGGCCGGAGGGAGGCCGUGCUCGUGGGCCACUCGAGCGGGGGCGGCCUGUGCCAGUUACUGCUGGCGGAGAAACAGGUGACGGCAAAAGGGUUGGUGCUGGUGGCCUCGGUGCCCGGGUUUGGGUCUGACCGCGUCUAUGAGAGCUGGAAGAUUCUGGAUCCUUGGUUCGUCCCCAGGAUGAUCCUGCAUCUCUGGCACCCCAACUCGCCUCUGUCCCACCCGGCAUUGACGAGGAGGGCCUUCUUCAGCCGAGAACAGACUGAUGCCUAUCUCGAAGCAUUCCAAGACAAGAUGUGCGCGUACGAGAGCCUCGCCUCGGCGCUGGGCAUGAUUAGGCCGUUUAUUCACCAGCAGAGCGUCCUGUCGCAGGUUACCGGCGGGAGCACCGGCCAGGGUGUCAUGGUUCUGGGCGGCGAGCUCGACAGGAUCAUGAGGCAGCCCAUCAUGGAAGACCCUGUGCACACGUAUCGCACGACUUACAGCAACAUGGUUCAACAAAACCAGCUGCGGGGCGAGGACGCUGAGGUCGUGCCUCUCACAGGAGAGGGAGGUCGCGAUAAGACCGGCCACGGUGUCAGGUACUGCCUUGUACCAAGGGCUGCACACCACCUGAUGAACGAGGUGACAUGGGAGGUCGGAGCCGAAAAAGUUUUGGCCUUUUACGAACAGCUCUGA